AUGGUGGCGCAAAAAGAUAUUGACUUGAAUACACCCUUGGACGCACAACGCCCUUCGACAUUGAUCAAGUCGCCAUUGACUCCUGAAUUGGCUAAAGCGGCAGUUACCUUGCACGGGGAUCGAUACAAACAAUCGCAAGCUAAUCUUAGUCGUUCAAUCAUAUGGCAUCCUUAUUUUGUUGCAUUGUAUUCAUUGAUUUUCCCAUCCGUUUUGGCUUACUACUUAUGGGAUUACAUUUCAAUUAGUGACAAUUUGGUUGAAUUAUAUAUAAUUGCAUCCAGAAACAAGAAGGAUUUCAUUUUUCAUGUACUUAUGGCAGCACCUACAAUUACUGGUAUUUUUGGUAUAUUUGGAUUUAUGGCAUAUAUAUUGGCAGAUGAAGUUGGUACCAUCACUGAUCGUUAUGUUGCCCAGAAAUACUGUGAUUUCACUUUUGGGUUUGACGUCAAGGAAUUUGCCCAGGAUCCAAAAACACCGCUUUUAAAGAAUGGAAAGAAUUCAGAAUUGGUAAUCUACAGAGAUCAACCAAUUGCUAUAGCUACACUUAAACCAGAUUGGGAACAAUCGACUCCAGAAAACUUCAUUGUCAAUAUCACUGGUAUUCACGUUAGAAAAGUCUUCAAUCAGGUUGGAUUUGAUCAGUUAUUAAUUGAAUGGGCAGUUUUAAGAUCAAGAGAAUUGUAUCAGGAGUACUUGAUCCGGAAUAGUUCUAAAGUUAAAAAUGGAACUGUAUUUGUUGUCACAGACGCUUAUUCAUUCGACAAACAUCAAGAAAAGACUUUGUUAGACUGUGGAUUCAAAUUACUUAGUUCAUCAUUUGAAUUGAAUCCAUUCAACCCUUCUUUGAAAUCGUAUCAAAAGGUUUUGCACAAAUUGCUCGAUAUCAGAAGAGAUACUUUUGGACUUUUGUUGACCACUGAGAGAGAUGACGUAGAAUUGCUCAAAGAAAGUGACUUACUUGAGAAAGAGCAACUUAGAAAAAGACAUUGA